AUGUACCAAGUAUAUGUUCUUAUUUUGUUUAUUCAUUAUUUUCUUCUCUUUCCAUUUUUCAGUACCUGUACUAGCCUUAGCAAGUUCUGUUCCAAACUCAGGCAUCUUGACUUGGCUUCCUGUACAUCAAUAACGAACAUGUCUCUAAAAGCCCUGAGUGAGGGAUGUCCACUGUUGGAGCAGUUGAACAUUUCCUGGUGUGACCAAGUAACCAAGGAUGGCAUUCAAGCUCUAGUGAGGGGCUGUGGGGGUCUCAAGGCCUUAUUCUUAAAAGGCUGCACACAGCUAGAAGAUGAAGCUCUCAAGUACAUAGGUGCACACUGUCCUGAACUGGUGACUUUGAACUUGCAGACUUGCUUGCAAAUCACAGAUGAUGGUCUCAUUACUAUAUGCAGAGGGUGCCAUAAAUUACAGUCCCUCUGUGCCUCUGGCUGCUCCAACAUCACAGAUGCCAUCCUGAAUGCUCUAGGUCAGAACUGCCCACGGCUUAGAAUAUUGGAAGUUGCAAGAUGUUCUCAGUUAACAGAUGUGGGCUUUACCACUCUAGCCAGGAAUUGCCAUGAGCUUGAAAAGAUGGACCUGGAAGAGUGUGUUCAGAUAACAGAUAGCACAUUAAUACAACUUUCUAUACAUUGUCCUCGACUUCAAGUAUUGAGUCUGUCUCACUGUGAGCUGAUCACAGACGAUGGAAUUCGUCACCUGGGGAAUGGAGCCUGCGCCCAUGACCAGUUGGAGGUGAUUGAGCUGGACAACUGCCCACUAAUCACAGAUGCAUCCCUGGAGCACUUGAAGAGCUGUCACAGCCUGGAGAGGAUAGAACUCUAUGACUGCCAGCAAAUCACACGGGCUGGAAUCAAGAGACUCAGGACCCAUUUACCCAAUAUUAAAGUCCACGCCUACUUCGCACCUGUCACUCCACCCCCAUCAGUAGGGGGCAGCAGACAGCGCUUCUGCAGAUGCUGCAUCAUCCUAUGACAAUGGAGGUGGUCAACCUUGGUGAACUGAGUAUUUAAUGACACUUCUAGAGUUCCCGUGGAGUCUCUCCAGUGGAAGCUAUCCCAGUGUUCUGGGCAAGGGUUACAAAGUGAGGGCAGUAUCCAGAUCCCCAGAGCCGCACAUACUUACGCAUACAUACCCUCACCCCAUCCACUCCAGCUCUGUGAUUUUGGGAGUGAAGUUCGUGCUGGCUUUACCAAGUGGAUUGGUAAAACUUAACCAUUCCUGUUGGAGGCGCCCAGAAGAAAAUUGUAGGCCAAGACAGCGGGAGGGGGCAUUCCAGCAAACCCAGUGUUACUGCUACUGUGGUUUUUUUGCUUUUGUUUUUGUUUGUUUUUGUUUUUUCUCUAAUUUUUUGUCAAGAGCUUUCUUUGGGGAUUUUGGAACAGCAGUUGCAGUCCUCCAGGGUCAAGAAAAGCAUGGAAAAACAAUAUAUGGUGUACCUAGGGACCAGAAAGAAAGUUUCUCUGCAUCCUAGAAAUGGUAGUCAUCCAUUGUGACUACAGAGCUUCUGUGCUUCCUUGUUUCCAUGCCAACAUGCUGAGCAUGCUCACAAAGAAGGCUCAUCCAUUCCUCAUGUGUGUUAGCAUUUGGCCCAGAGGUUUCCUAAAUGGUUGCAUUGAAAUCGCUGAGGUCCAAAUGAGAUUACUUCCUCACUCAUGGCCACCGUCGUAGCACACAUGUGUGCCUGUCUUCCAUUCCCUGUUGCUCCCUCCUGCACUCUUGCUUAGUUUGUCACCUGUUCAUAGUCUGCUUACUCACUCAGUUGUUACUCUUUUGCUGUUGUUGUGUUUACAGUUUGCAUUUUGGAUGAUUAGUUGGGAUUACCAAACAUUUUUAAAGGAGACAUUAUCAAUAAAUAUUUUUUUAAUUCUAAAUCAUA